AUGGCACCAUCAUGUUCAUUAGCAACCAUAGAUUCAUCCAACAUAGGUUUUAAGCUUUUGCAGAAACAUGGUUGGAAGGAAGGAACUGGUCUUGGGAUUUCUGAGCAGGGAAGGUUGGAGCCUGUAGAAACUUACUUGAAGAAUGACAAACUGGGUCUGGGAGCAGAAAAAUUACAGGUGAAGAAGCCGCAUUCAAACAACAAGGAAGCUCGACUUGCAAAGAAGAAGAAGAAGAUGCAGGAGUUGGAGAAGAGAUUGCAAGAGAAGGAAUUUGAGCGCGCCUUUUGUAGGGAGUUCUGGCCAGAUAAUGUAUGA